AUGUCCCUCUGCAGCACCUGUUCCUCCUCCCUCCCCCCAUCCCCUCACAUCCAACAACAACUCCACAUCACCCCCUACUGCUCGAGGCCCAUUUGUUCUACGUGCCUGGUGAGGAACCCGAGGUUGAGGACGUAUGACCCGUGUUUGGGCUGUCUUGGGGGGGUGGGGGCGGUGAGUGGGAGAGGGAGGAGGGAGGAGGAGGUUUGGGUGCUGGGAGGGAGUGAUGAUGAUGAAGAGGAGGAGGAAGAGGAAGAGGAAGAGGGGGAGGAAGAAGAGAAAGACAGUCAGUCAGAGAAGGAUCGACAGUCGGAGGGAAAGGAUAACGACCGCAAGCCGCAAGAACAGGACCUUCCAAAGGCCAACGAUACGCCUAAUCCACAGCGCGCACUCCCACCAAAGGACACCCCCACCCCAGAACCAGCGAACCCCGAUACUCAUGCCAGUACCGAACCUCUUCAGCCUCAGCGGCACCUGAUCCUCCCUACCGAUACCCUUCUAGGACUAGCGAUCAAGUACCGGGUUGAUGGACACGCGCUUUGCAGGCUUAACAACCUCCCCCCUUCCACGCUCCGUACGACCCCUCACCUGCUACACACACGCACUCACCUGCUUCUCCCUCCCACUAUCUCCCCUCUCUCCCCUCUCUCCCAUGCCCACCCUCAUCCCCUUCUUUCCCCGAGCUCGAGCUCGGCGCUCGACACUCCAGAACGAAAACGCGAACGAGCGGUUAAACGUUUCCAGCUGGUGACGAAAGAAGUAGACUUGGACAUCGCUAGGGCUUACGUGGGCUUGGAGGAGGACAGCGAUGGGCGGAGUCUUGCGAGUUCGUUUGGUGAGAGAGAGGGGAAGGGCAAGGGGAGCGCGGAUGCCGGGGGGAGGGCAGGAAGGGAGGGCAGGGAAGCGAGAGCUGUUGAGAGGUAUGUGGAUGACACGCUUUGGGAAAGGGAGGAGCGCGGGCAGGGGAGAGCUCUCAGGGGGGCGCCGUGGUUCGAGGACCGGGACCGGCGGGAAAGGGAGAGGGCAGAAGGGAGUGGGGGGUGGAUGAGCUGGUUUAAGGGGGUGAAGGCUAAGGCUGGUUAGAGAGCUGGGGAUAAGGGGCGGCGGGGGAGUUGUUCCCCUUGUUGGGAGGGGUUGAUCUUGUCAUGGAUUUA